AUGAUUGGAUGGACUCACGUCUGCAUCAGCACGCUCAUCAUCCGACGUUAUGGAAUUGAGAUUUGGCAACAAAUAUUAAAAAAAGCCGGUUUCACGGAAUGUACCGAGUUUGAAGUGCAGUGCUAUUAUGACGACAGCGAAACGAUGCGAAUAUUCCGAACAGCCGCUGGAAUCUUAGGGUUAUCCGUGGAUGACAUGUGGGAAGUGUAUGGCGAGUUUCUGAUUACGUACGCAUGCGAGACUGGAUGGGAAAAGAUGCUUGCGUGUAUGGCUAAUAACCUUCAGGUAAUCAUGGAUUGUUGUUUCUGCAUGUCAGCGGAAACUACCGAAAACACUCAUGCAACAAAAACAAAUGAAUUUUUGGACAACCUCAAUUCGAUGCACUAUUUUAUCGAUCAAAUCGCCUUCAAAUCCGAAAUGCGAGGUCCGACGUUCCAGUGCGAAUCGGUUGGAGAAGGUUCUCUUCGCCUUCACUACUUCUCGCAUCGACAAGGGUUAUUCCCAAUUGUUAAGGGUCUCGUGCGCCGCACAGCCAGAUUACUGUUUGAUAUGGAUGUGAAGGUGAACGUGGUUGAGCGGACUCAAGAGCGACGGAAAAGCGGCAUGGUGGAGCACGUGGUGUUUUCGCUCGAGCCCGACGACCAACAUCGCUCUGGGACGCGUCUGGCCUACAAAUUCAAACGGAUUAAUCGACGAUCAUCCGGGGAUGCGGAAGCAUGCGAUUCGAAUCUGUCGUUAGCAUUGAAUUUGAGGGACUUUGCUCGCAUAUUUCCAUAUCAUAUUUGUUUCAACAAACAAAUGGUAGUUGAACAUGUUGGAAAGCAUCUGUGUCAGGAAUACGGCCUUGCAGACAAAAAGAUGCUGAAGGUGACCGAGUUGGUGCAGCUUAUCCAGCCAGCUGAUAUUCAGCAACUUACUCCGAAAAGCAUCAUGACAUAUUUGAAUACAUUAUUCAUUUUUCAACUAAAGCAUCAUUGUAAGCGCAACGAAAUCGAAAAGGAUUCGAGCGAAGCAUUUCAACAGCCACUUUGCCUCAAAGGUCAAAUGAUGCCAAUAAACGGCGGAAACUCCAUUAUUUUUCUCUGCUCACCGCAUGUGACUUCUGUUAGGGACAUCCUUAAUCUUAAGUUAUUUAUUUCCGACAUGCCUAUGCACGAUGCAACAAGGGACCUCGUUAUGCUGAAUCAGAGUCGUAUUUGUCAGAUGGAACUCAAUAAACGCCUUGAGGAAACAGUCAGAAAGCUCAAAGGACUCGCAGAGGAGCUGGCGAAGAAAAAACAACAAACAGAGCACCUUCUGUACCAGUUCGUUCCCGUUGAAGUUGCAGAUUCCCUUCGUCUCGGAAAACCUAUUCCACCUCAAGAGUAUGCAGAAUGCACGGUUAUGUUCGCAGAUGUUCCAGACUUCAUCACCAUAAAUGGGAACUGCAAACCAUCGGAGGUAAUAGAUGUAAUCGCCAAGCUCUUCAAACAGUUCGACCGCCUUAUUCAGAAACUGCAGUGCUAUAAGGUGCUCUCACUCAUGGACAGCUACCUUGUAGUGAGUGGAGCGCCAAACCCCAGCGACUGCCAUGCUGAGAACAUGCUUAAUCUUGCCAUAGGAUUUGUGUUUUCUGGACGGAGCAUUGUUGUUCCGGGAAUGAAUCUUCCCGUUAGAGUAAGGGUGGGAAUAAGCUGUGGGCCGAUCGUUGCAGGAGUGGUUAGUCACGAAAAACCAAGGUACUGUAUUUUUGGCCAAACUGUAAACAUCGCCAAAGAGAUUCGUUCACUUAGCUUGCCAGGAAGAAUUCUGCUCUCUAAUGUGGUCAAAACAACUGUGUCUAAGAAUCAGAAAUCUUUCUUCAAGUUCCAGCAGCAUCAAACAGUCGAAGUCGGUAAUAUCAAAAUGCUGACUCACUUCCUCGAGAAAAACGAAAAAUUAAGCGUUUGGGAAAUCAGCGACAUAGAGAAAGGACCGACGGACUCAAUUGAUGGCUACAAAGAAUUGCACAGCGCUGAGGGUGCAGAACUUUGGGAGAGCGCGAAGAACGUUGUUUUACGAAAACAGCAAAUGUAUGCCGAUGUCGGAACGCAACACAAAGACCAGGUUAUAGACGCCUUCCGUCCAGGACCAUCGCGUACUCGACGUGCAUUGACGAGGUUACAGUCUGUGAAAAGGAAGUUCCGAGCGGCUCAAAGCAACGAUUCCGGUGUUUCAAUGAGUGAACCCAACGACUUCGUGAAGAAAUCUGGCCAUAGGGUCUGCGGUCUUCCUGUGGUGCGUUUGAUAUAUCCAGUCGCUUACUGCUCUGGUCCAACGAAUGUCGUUGAAACGCAUCAUGUGUCCGGUCCACCUAAUUUUGGUUUCCUUCGCAUAAGCGGCAGCGUCUCUGAUCUUCAAUCGAAGAAGGAUAGAGAUAGAAAAAGCCACGAAGUUCACAAGGCGAGCUCCCAGAAUUAUCAUCAUAGACUGGGAGCAUUUCGCUCAUCGGCUUUAGGAAAGAUACCGUCAAUGCCUAUUGACGACGAAUAUGAACGGCUUGUAGAACAUCUUCACGACUGUACGAGCCGAUAUGUCAGCGUGGAGCUGUACGUGCUGCAGGCAACCAAGAACUCACGUCCGAGCUUGCAAGGCUUUGCAGAGAGGGAUAAGAGAAGGCCUCAAAAGAGAAGAGCAGAAGUGCUGGGUGAAGCUGCAGAGGCGGAACAGAGCAUUCGCUACGCCCGUUGGAAAUUGCCAAUCGUAAAACGAAAACAACUGCUCUCCGGACCUCAGAUGGAACAUCUACAGCAUCGAGAAAGAGGAAGAAAAGGUCAUUCACGAUUUCUACUCAGAUCUCUUCAACAGCCACGUUCACUUGCCUCUUCACAAUCUGAGGGAAUGGAUGGAUAUCAUUCCAAAGGUCCUCCCUUUCGUAGUCCGGUAGGCCAUGUCGGUAAAGAUUCGUACUUCAUCCGGUUCCUACAGAGUUAA